AUGUCGACCGAAUUGGAUAUUGACUUCACGCGCCGGAACAAGAAGCCGCGCCCGCUAUCUGAGCAUGAGAAAGAGAAGCUGGAUGAAUUUAUCGACGCGAUCCAUUACUCGGCAAGAUACUCGGACGACGCAUACGAAUACCGUCAUGUGCAGCUCCCCAAGCAAAUGCUGAAAGCUAUCCCAAAAGAUUACUUCGACGGCGCUAGAGGCACAUUGAAGCUGCUAUGGGAAGAGGAAUGGCGGGCACUGGGAAUCACACAGAGUCUGGGAUGGGAGCACUACGAAGUCCAUGAGCCAGAACCACACAUCUUGCUCUUCAAGCGACCGAUCAACUACCAGCCUCCUAUGCACUGA